AUGUCGACUUCGCCCAUCCCCAACGCGUGGGGAGCCCUUCAAGGACUCGCGCAUCGUGCCCUGGGUAGCAACCAACUCGCAGGUUCCAUCCCGCCAGAGCUAGGAAGUUUCGCAGCCCUGACACACCUCGAGCUUGGGGAAAACAGCCAAACUAUGAGGACGAUACCCAAGGAGCUUGGAGCUCUUACAGAGCUGAAGGAGUCUUUUCCGAGCUAUAAUCAGCUUCUAGACACAAGACCCAUUCCCAACGCGUGGGGAGCCCUUCAAGGACUCGCGCAUCUUGCCCUGGGUAGCAACCAACUCGCAGGUUCCAUCCCGCCGGAACUCGGAAACCUCGCCGCCCUGGCAUGCCUCGACCUUAGGGAAAACCAGCUGUAA